AUGGCCACGCGAGACAAGACCUUAGACCUCCAGAAGGCCGAUACCGCCGAUCCUAACGUGGAGGUGGUGUUUCUCGCUCUUGGUUCCAUCGGUGAUUGUUUGCCGCUCUGUGCCCUGGCAUCAUCGCUUGGAUCCUUAGAAGUAGACUCGGACCGCUCCCGGCGGCAAGACGAACAAGGUGUUCAUGAGGAUGAAGGCGCAUUACAGCAGUCACAGGUGGACGCUGACAUGGUGGACGGCGCUCAUCGUUGUGCCCACAGCAGUGGUGAUGAUCGGGAUUUCAAACGCCGAAGGAAACGAAGCAACGCAAGCAGCAGCGCCGUAUGCGUCGUCACUCAUCGAUGCCACUGCGACCUGCUGGGAGGCCUCAUGGAGGGCACCUUUGACGUGAGCCAGCCGCCGCCGAGGCUGUGUCCUGUCGACGUGCCUGUUCUCUUUGGUGUCUCGAACAAUGAUGAUGGUGAGGAUGCCUCAGCCUCUGCGGGACAACUAGGGGAAACAAGUGAGGCGCAGCAACGGGUGAAUGCGAACGGUGCCACAAGAGGCCAGCGCACUGCCAGAGACAAUGACCUUGCAGUAGCAGCAGCAGACGUGGGAGAUGAAGAAGGCGCCGUUCGCGAAGAGCUGGACGCGUGCAUGAGCGUUUUGAAGGACCUCAAACCGAAUUUAUUGGUUUUCAACCUUUACUCUGCGUUCGGGUAUCAUUUGGCCGACGCCUUGGGCAUCCCGUGCGUGUGCGCAUCACCAGGCGUUGCACCGAGAGUGGGAGAUGGCGAUGGCGAUACCAGCAACGGCAACGAGAUCACGAGGGCGGACCUGGAGCUGUGGAUGUUGCCCCUCUUUCUGCCCCGAUAUCGACGAUGGCGGCAAGGUCGAGGACUGCCAGACAUUUCUUCGCCGGCGUGA